AUGGAUUUUCAAGAAAAUGAAUUAAUACCUAUUAAAAAGUUGAUUAAUAAUCUUGAAAAUGAAAACGAAAAUGAAUCCUUAAAAACGCAAGUUAUAUUAUUAUCAUGCGGAUUUUAUUAUCCUAUUCAUAAAUUACACAUUAAAAUUUUUGAAGAUGCAAAACAACAUUUAGAAAAAGAAAGAAAUUACAAAAUAGUAUUAGGAUAUCUCUCACCUUCUCCUGAGAAAUCUGUUAACAAAAAACAUUCUAAUAAAACAAUUACAUUUGACGAUAGAAUAAAUAUGAUCAAAAGAGUAACCAAUGAAUCACCUUGGAUCGAAUUAACAACUUUGGAAUCAGAAAACGAUAUAGAUGUUCCUGAUCAUCAUCAAAUUAUAAAAAACUUAUCUACAUUUUUAAAUGAAGAUGAACAAGUUAAAAAAGCUUUAAAAGGAAGAAAAUUGAAAUUAAUUUACUUAUUUGGCUUAGACCAGGCUUUAAAGGAAGAAAGAAACGGAUUAAAGCACUUAAAAGAUUAUGAAAUUGUUGUUAUUGAAAGAUAUUUGGAUAGUGAAAUUAAAAACGAACAUGGUGGAGAAUCUUUUAAAGUAGAAUUAAAUGAUAUGUAUAAAGACGAGUGGAAAAUUCCCGAAAAUAAUAUUAUUUUUAUCAAAUCUAAUAAUAAUAACGAAAUUAGUUCUAGUAAAAUUAGAGAGUUAUUUAAUAAUAACGAUGACAAAUGGAAAGAUUUAUGCCAUCCAAAAGUAGUAGAAUAUAUUGAGACAAAAAAAAUUAAGUUUUAA